AUGAGGGCAAACGAAACGCUCACGCUGGCGCAAAAUGCGGCCGUCGAGGGCGAGGAGCGCAAGAGCGCCGAUGCUGAGCUGUACGAUGAGAAGACCGACCCCUCUCCCCCGACACCGACAGAGGAGCUUCAAGAUGGUGUCCGGCAAGCGGAGGCUAUGACGCAGAGCUGGAACCGGGCCUCUCUCAUCACGCUCUAUGUCUUUAUCACCUGGAACCUGUCAGCAUACAUCACGUCCGAGUUCGCCGAACACAGUCUGAUCCCCGUCAUCUCCAUCGUCGCCAACGUCAUGUCCGCGUGCGCGUACAUGGUCGCGGCCAAGGUGCUCAACCUCUGGGACCGUUCCUGGGGAUACCUCGGCAUGCUCGUGCUCGCUACUCUGGGCCUGAUUCUUUCGGCCGCUUGCCAGAACAUCUACACAUACUGCGCGGCGCAGGUCUUCUACUCUGUCGGCUUCAUUGGCAUCAUCUUCGCCAUCGACGUGCUCACCGCCGACACGUCGCACCUCAAGAACCGAGCGCUGGCCUACGCCUUCACGGCCUCGCCCUGGGCUAUCACGGCCUAUGCCGGUCCGCCGAUCAGCGAGCGCUUCUACGACUCCAACUGGCGCUGGGGAUAUGGAGCCUUUGCGAUCAUCUUGCCCGUCGUGGGCUUGCCCAUGUUCGCGUUCUUGCGGUACCACCGCGCGCAGGCCGUGAAGAAGGGCUUCGACACGAAACGCGAGGCGAGCGGACGCACCUUCCUCGAGUCGGUGGCGUACUACGUCGUCGAGUUUGACGUGCUCGGCAUCUUCCUCCUCUGUGCUGGACUCGUGCUCUUCCUGCUCCCCUUCUCGCUCGCCCAGUCCGCGGCCGAGACCUGGCGUGCGCCUCACAUCAUUGCGAUGCUUGUCAUCGGCAUCGUCUGCCUCAUCGCCUUCGCCGUGGUGGAGCGCUUCGUGCCGCGUCCCUUCAUCCCGGCCCGCCUGCUGUCCGACCGCACCGUGGUUGGCGCGUGUGGUCUCUGCUUCUCGUGGCAGAUUGCCUACUACUGCUGGGCGUCGUACUUCUCCUCCUUCCUCCAGGUCGUGUAUGGCCUCUCGAUCUCGACGAGCGGAUACAUCGGCUCGAUCUACGACGUUAUCGCUGCGCUCUGGAUGUUCCCUAUCGGAUACAUCAUCCGUCGGACCGGAUACUUCAAGCCUGUCCUGCUGGUCACGGUACCGCUGUACAUUCUCGGCGAGGGACUCAUGAUCCACUUCCGCAAGCCCGGGUACAGCAUCGGCUGGAUUGUGUUCACGCAGAUCCUCAUUGCCUUCGCCGGCUCCUCUUUCACAUCGGUGCAGCAGGUCGCCGUCCUCGCUGCCGGCAAGCACAACGACGCCGCGGCGCUUCUCGCCCUACUCGGUCUGUUCGGAUACAUUGGCGGCGCUGUUGGCAACUCCAUCUCCGGAGCUGUAUGGACGCACACCCUUCCCCAGGCGCUUCAGGCGAACCUUCCUGAGGAGGUGCUGCCGGACUGGGAGAGCAUCUACUCCGAUCUUGAGGUGCAGCUGUCGUUCCCUAUCGGUGACCCCGUUAGGACGGCGAUCCAAAUGGCGUACGCUGAGGCUCAGAGCCGCAUGCUGAUAGCCGGCACGGCCAUCAUGGCGCUCGCUCUCGCCUUCACACUUCUCAUGCGCAACAUCAAGGUCAGCGACAUCAACAAUGUCAAGGGUGUGGUUCUGUAG